AUGUCUGUCUUUGAGAACAUCUCCAAUGUAAGCGAUCGACACAGCCAGAUCCUGGCGGAACUACAGACCGUGGGAAAUGCCCCCAGCGAUCUCAAAUCCCACCGCGCGUUUCUGUCAGAUCUGAAACGGCGGCUCGCAAAGACAAACCGCCAAUUAGACGAUAUCAGACAGCGUACACAGAUCGAGCGCGAGAGGCAUGAGAAGUACCGUGACAGUACUGUCCGGCGGUUGAUGUACAGAGCUACUGGAAAGCGAGCGGCGUUCGAAGAGAAGGCAGACCAGGAAAUGAGGGACUACUACAGCGCCCUCGAGACGGAGAACAAGAUCAAAGGGGAAAAGGAGAUGCUGGAAACCCAGAUUCGCGAGGCCACAGAAGAACAGAAGGAGCUCGAAGCCGCCUCCACCAAGUGCGCUAGUUUGAACGAGGAACUGGAAGCCAUGUAUCGACGGCUGUUCGAAGGGCCGACGGCGGAGUUCCCGGAGGAAGACGAGCAGGAGAAUGUCACAAAGGCCGCGGAAAUUCACCAUCGAGAGCUGAAGAGCCAGGUGAACAAUACUGGCAAGGCGGCUCAAUGCCUUGCCAGAGCCCAGCUCACUAUUAAAGAGGCCUUGCUCCAUAUCUUCCAGGCUCGCCGGGCCUGUGAGAGGGACAUGUUCGGCUUUGGAGGGCUCCUUGCCGACUUCCAGCAGCAGAACCACCUCUCUCUCGCCCAGCAGAAGGUCAGCCAGACACAACUGCUGAUCUCCCAGGCCAUCCGCCUUGACCCAGAGGUGCGCCCUCUGCCGCGAAUGGGCAUCGUCCAGAUCGAUAUGAUCAGUGGAAUUCUCUGCGACAACUAUUUGUUUAACCUUGGCUUUCUCAAAAUGAUUCAAGACUCGUACGACGAAGUGCAGAACGCGGAGGGAUUCCUCACCGGCCAGUUGCGGCAGGCAAAAUCCCGCGAGAGCACUUUGCGGUCUCAGUUGCAGGAUGCAGCACGACAUUUGGAGAAUGCUCAAAAGGAGCUCCGACGAAUCAGGGAGGAGGCUUUCAUGAAGGCAGCAGAUCCGCCUCCCCCUUAUGUAGAGAAUGCGGCUCGGACAAUGCCUGUGGGCGAGUAG